UACCUUGUUGUAUUUCUGCUGGAUUUUAUGGGGAAUCCACACAAGGAAGUCAUUGAAGUAUGUCAGAAAUUUUCUCAAUGAUAUUUUUUUUUCACCAGAAAAAGGAGACUUCUCAAUGCAUGAAGGAACUUAUGCUGAUGGUUUCUGAAGUCAAGAUGAAGCUAAAUGAGUGGGGUUACCAAGAAGUGGGGGUGUUCGUGUGGGACAUGUACCUCAUCUUUGAGAAACAUAGGGCAUGUGACAAGUGCUACUACUUUGGCCAAAAGGGAAUUAGACUGAAGGCAGAAUUUGAGAAGCAUUUCAAGAAAGUGUUUGCUAUUUGGGAUGUACAUGAGAACAGUUCACUGGUAUAGUGAAUGCUGUUGGUACUCUGGAAAAUCCUCCAGCUGCUGUGAGAGUUUCCUGCUGAUGCCACCCCUCCCCAGAGUAUUGCAUUGCACCAAAUGGAGCCUCCUUCACCUGGAGGGUACCCCUCCUUGGCCUGAGGUCCAGCCCCAAGUCCCAGCGUGGAGCCAAUGACUGAUAAAGACUCAUACUCCUGCGCUCUCCACUGGGGUCAGACUGGAGCUAGUCUCCAGCUUGACUCAUCCUUGCUUAGCUUUCCCACCAUGCUAUCCUGCUCCCUUCACCCCUCACCUCUUGAGAUAAUCACAAUAAAUCACUUACUUAGGAGACUUCA